GAGGUGGUUCGGGUUAUUUUGUCAGGCGCUUGGACCAACCCAACGCCGCCAAAAAGAGCAACUUGUCCAUGAGAGGCCGAGAUGCAUUAACUUAAAGGUCCAGAAAAGGGGACCUCUAAAUUACGUAUCCCGUACUUUCUGUUCUACUUCACUGACUAAACACAAGUUGCACUUGUUGCCACGACAUACGAUAAACGAGCUUAAUCCGUGUCCGGCACUUGACAGCCUAAACCGCCUCUUUUGCAUCGUCCUCUCCUUUGUCCAGGCGCCAGUGCAAGACGAUACCUACCUCCCUAUCUAAACGAUCCAAGUCGCAGAGCAGAACCAAUAGCAGCACAAGAUAAAUAGGAGCUUCGAAGCCGUCGCAAGUUGUUUAUCAUGGGAAACUCAAUGUCAUGGUUCUCCAACCUAUUGUUUGCGAAAAAGGAGAUCAGAAUAUUGAUUCUCGGUCUGGAUAACGCUGGAAAGACAACAUUGCUGUACCGACUCAAGGUUGGCGAAGUUGUCACAACGAUACCUACAAUUGGCUUCAAUGUCGAAUCUGUCACAUAUAAAAACCUAAACUUUAACGUCUGGGAUCUCGGCGGCCAAACAAGCAUCCGACCUUACUGGCGGUGCUACUACGCCAACACAGCAGCUGUCAUCUUUGUUGUGGACUCGACCGAUAUCGAGCGAUUACACACCGCUUCAGAGGAGCUCUCGGCUAUGCUGAACGAGGAGGAACUAAAGGAUGCGGCCCUGCUGGUCUUUGCCAACAAGCAGGAUCAACCAGGAGCCAAGGGCGCAGGUGAGAUUUCAGAGGCAUUGCGUCUGGGUGAGCUCCGCGACCGCAACUGGAGUAUCAUGGCCUGCUCAGCGGUCGAUGGCAGCGGUGUGAAUGAGGGCAUGGAUUGGCUUGUGCAAACUGUCAACCAGGACUGAGCUCGAUGACGAUUUCUUCUUCAGCCCCGGUUUGGCAUUGUACAACAGACGAAAUGAAAUUAUAGUACCACUUCCCGGUUCCAUCACACCUUGGUAGACAGCGACCAUAAGGGACAAGGGAAAGAAACGGAUGGAGCAGACAUCGGCGUCUUGGAAGAGAGAAGGUUUUUUCACUAAGAGAUGAAAGGAAUGAACAGCAUGGGCGCGUUUCUCGAGGGAGGAUAUAUGAUAGUAUAACUUUAUAAUGCUACAAUCCGGGUCCGAUUGAGUCCUGGCUAUGAUUCUCAUGGAUUUCUUGCAAGAUUUUAUUCGCGGGAUAUUUGAUCCUGAUACGAGGUGCGAACGAUGUGACGGCUAGU